AUCACUCUUGUUCUCUUGCCUCUCUCUCUCUCUAUCUCUACUGUUACUCACUCUCCAUGCGCUGCGCCAUCAUCGCCGUUUCAGCCGUGAUGCUACUCAUUGCCAUAUCUUCCGGUAGCGGAUUGAGCUUGAAUCAAGCCAAGGAUCAACAAUGGCGGCUUCCGCCGCAGACACGCCGGAGACUCGCCGGACCGGGAUCGUCGCCACCAAUCUGCCGAUCAAGAUGCGGCGAUUGCUUCCCCUGCCGUCCGAUCCACGUCGCAAUCCAGAAAGGUCAAAUCAUGCCGCUCGAGUACUACCCUGAAGCCUGGCGCUGCAAAUGCCGAAACAAGCUCUUUCUGCCAUGAAAGAUGAGCACAAGAGAAAGAAAUCAUGCUUUUAAUCCUAGUUAAGUUCUUCUUUUUUCAUCGAUGUAUAGGUAAAAUUCGUUAUUUUGAUUCGACGAGGGUUCAAAAAAUCCAGUUUUGCUAGCUUCUGCAGAUCAGAAAAAGAGUAUAUUUUUUUUUUCUUACCUUAUGUGUUAAAAAUCUGGCUUCAGAUCAGAAGAGAACAGGAGGUUUGGAGGGGAGAAGACAUCUAGUUUGGCCGCCAUUGUCGUCUUCUUCCUUUUCUGCGUAUCUGUAUCAGUGCCGAAAUAAUUUUUUUUUAGGUUUUUGUUUCUGAUUUUGAUGCAGAAAUAGUUAUUAUUGCUGUUAAAUGAAGAGCUUUUUUAUGGAAAUGUAUUUAGAAAUGUUUUCUACUGCAGUAAUGAAUGCAGGGAGAAAAAGACGGUCUUGAUGCUGAAAUAUGGCGAGGGGGCACGUGACCUCACACGUGGGAUGUUUCAAUUAACUCGAAUUUAAUUC